GCCGCGGAGACAGCCAGGGGCGGUUGUACGCGUGCGCGGGUUUGGAGGCUUCUCUGUCGGUGCAUGGUGGAAAAUGGCGGCGGCUCAGGCUGUGGAGGAGAUGCGGACUCGCGUGGUUCUGGGAGAGUUUGGGGUUCGCAAUGUCCACACCACUGACUUCCCCGGUAACUAUUCGGGUUAUGAUGAUGCUUGGGACCAGGACCGCUUCGAGAAGAAUUUCCGUGUGGACGUAGUACAUAUGGAUGAAAAUACAUUGGAAUUCGACAUGGUGGGAAUUGAUGCUGCCAUUGCUAAUGCUUUCCGGAGAAUUCUGUUAGCUGAGGUGCCAACAAUGGCUGUGGAAAAGGUUCUGGUGUAUAAUAACACAUCCAUUGUCCAGGAUGAGAUCCUUGCUCACCGCCUGGGGCUCAUCCCCAUUCUUGCUGAUCCUCGUCUUUUUGAAUAUCGGAACCAAGGGGAGGAAGAAGGAACAGAGAUAGACACACUGCAGUUUCGACUGCAGGUCAGGUGUACCCGGAAUCCCAGUGCUGCUAAGGAUUCCUCUGACCCCAACGAACUCUACGUGAACCACAAAGUAUAUACCAGGCAUAUGACAUGGGUCCCCUUGGGAAACCAGGCUGAUGUCUUCCCGGAGGGCACAAUUCGUCCCGUGCAUGACGACAUCCUCAUUGCUCAGCUUCGGCCUGGUCAGGAGAUUGACCUGGUCAUGCACUGCGUCAAGGGCAUUGGCAAAGAUCAUGCCAAGUUCUCACCAGUGGCAACAGCCAGCUAUAGGCUCCUGCCAGACAUUACUCUGCUUGAACCUGUGGAAGGGGAGGCGGCUGAGGAACUGAGCCGGUGCUUCUCACCAGGCGUGAUUGAGGUGCAGGAGGUGCAAGGUAAAAAGUUGGCUAGAGUUGCCAAUGCUCGGUUGGAUACCUUCAGCAGAGAAAUCUUCCGGAAUGAGAAGCUGAAGAAGGCUGUGCGGCUUGCCCGUGUUCGGGACCAUUAUAUCUAGGGGAGCCACAGAUGACUCACCAUCUCCAUCCACAGUGGGAGCAGCGCUGUGCUCAGCAGUCUUCUUUGACACACAGCAGGCCGCUGGAAGAGAGCACAGUUACUAGACCAGAAGAAGGCAUCCACUCACGGAUGACAGUCACCUCGCCAACUGAUCUCAGGCCACUUCUACAAGGAAUAAAUCAGCUUCACCAUUAGAAGGAAGUAUUCUGAGAGGACCCCAACCAGACUGUGGGUCCCUCUUCCAGUCAGCUAGGGGGACAUUACAGACUCCUCUGAGAAUAAAUGACCAGGGAAGGUGACUAACACAUCCUUAACAACUUUGGGAAUAAAUGACUAAUAUUGAAUUCUUCAACGUUUCUGAAAAUAGAAAAUUGAUGUUCAUGUCUAAGAACUGAACUUUUACCUAUCUUGAUCAAGCUAGAAAGUUACUGCAAACAUUAAUUCAAGUUCCUGUUUUGGAUCCUUGUCUUCUUAUAUGGUAC